CUCCGUAACGGGUUCGCGACCUGUAGGUUCUACGAGUCGUUUCCACCAUUCACAUCCGAGAACAAACCAGGCACACCAACUCUGAUGCUCCACCGGCGCCGAAAUGGCAGGAGCAGCCAGCUUCAUCUUAAUCCUUGGAGUGUACAUAUAACACCACCAGCUUUCGUCGUUGGUCUUUCAUCUUCAUUCUUUCGCUUAUUCAACUCGUCACUCAUUCAUCUUUCGUUUCUCAACCGCCAGGAUGCGUUCAUCUAUUCUUGCUUCUCUGCUCUCAGUGGUUACCGCUGUUUACGGCUAUGGCAAUCCCAUGGAUUGCACGGGUAUCUGCAACAAUGCCCAUGACCCCGCGCUCAUCCGUCGCGAUGAUGGAACAUACUACCGAUUCUCGACGGGUGGCAAGAUCGCUAUCCACAGCGCAUCUAGCAUCACUGGACCUUGGGUAUACAAGGGUGCUGCGAUCCCCAACGGCUCCAAGAUCAACCUGAAGGGUAACACCGAUCUCUGGGCACCCGAUGUCACCAAGAUUGGCGAUACCUACUACUUGUACUACACCGUCUCUUCCUUCGGUGUGCAAAACUCAGCCAUCGGUGUGGCCACCAGCACGAACCUCGAUACCUGGACCGACCAUGGAAGCACCGGUAUCACCUCAGCAGCCGGAAAGAACUACAACGCUAUCGACGGUGCCCUGUACUGGGAUGGGUCAAAGUUUGUUAUGACAUUCGGCUCCUUCUGGAACGAUCUCUUUUCCGUCAACAUGGCAGACCCACCCCUAAAGGCGACCAGCAGUGCCGUCAACGUCGCUUUCAAGCCCGAUGGCGAGCAUGCGCAGGAGGGACCGUUCAUUGCCAAGAACGGUAACUACCACUACCUGUUCUACUCAGCCGGCAAGUGCUGCGGCUUCGACACAGACAAGCCUGCCAAGGGCGCGGAGUACAAAAUCCAAGUCUGCCGCUCGACCAGCGCCACUAGCGGAUUCGUUGACAAGGCCGGCAAGAAGUGCAUGGAGGGAGGCGGAACCACCGUUUUGGAAAGCCACGGCUGGGUUUACGGACCCGGAGGUCAGGGUGUCCUGUACGAUCCCAAGCUUGGCCCCGUGCUGUACUACCACUACGUCGACACUCGCAUUGGCUACGGUGAUGGACAGAAGAAGUUCGGUAUCAACAAGAUCGACUUCUCGAGCGGAUGGCCGGUCGUAUAAGCGCCCGAUACGUUUCGGCGUCGCAAAAACCUAUCUACUGGCAGUGUUUAGCUGUCUAAGAUGAACCUCUUGUACAUAAACUUUAUCCUUCUAUUGUCAAUACUAAGUUUGGCUGGACUUGAAGUCCGCUUUCGAAUCUGAU